AUGGGUUAUAGGGCUGUUUUGGUUGUGAUGAUUUUCAUGAUAAAGUCAGUGUGCAAGGUAAGCAGUGUUGGUAAGGAAGGUUGCCACCCUGAUGAUCUGAAGGCUCUAGAGGAUUUCAAAGCCAGGAUUACUUAUGACGAUUCACACCGGCUGAAGACAUGGACGGGAGUGAAUUGCAGCAAAUGGGAAGGCAUUUCCCGUGACAAUAUAACUGGUAGAGUCACGGAGAUUUCUCUCCCCGGCCCGAUUACCAAAGGUGGUGCUCCGGCGCAGACGACAAUGGUAGGCGAGUUAUCGCCUUCCUUACACCUUCUCAGCUCGCUUAGAGUGCUUGAUUUCAUAGGAAACCUCACUAAACUCAAGUCCCUAAAUCUUAACGGAAACCAGAUUUCUGGUCCAAUUCCCGAGUCUCUUGGAAAUCGCACCAGCCUUACUUUCCUAGAUCUUAGGUCAAACAAUAUUUCUGGUGCCAUUCCUGAACCCAUUAGUGAAAACUUGAUCAACUUGGAGACCUUGUUUCUAGGAAGUAAUUUUCUAACAGGACCUCUUCCAGAGAAUAUUGGCAACAUGCAAAAACUCGUAGAUGUUGAUCUGUCUAACAAUAAAAUACAGGGCGGAAUCCCAAAUUCGAUAGGCAAUCUGAAAUACAUGACCCGUAUCCUACUAAAUUCCAAUCUUCUCACCGGAAUCAUUCCUUCCUCCUUUGGUAACUUGCAAAAACUUGGUGUACUGGCACUUGGGCAUAAUCAGCUUGAAGGGACUAUCCCUUCUAGUUUAGGGAAUAUGCCUUCAUUACGGAAUUUAGAGCUAAGUUGGAACAACUUGUCUGGUAGAAUACCGAGCACUUUCGGCCGCCUAGCAAAACUUAUGUGGCUAAGUAUUGAUCAUAACAUGAUUGAAGGACCAUUGCCGGAAUCUUUCGGAAACUUGACGGGCCUUUCUAGAUUAGAUUUGAGUUACAAUCAGAUCAACUCUGUCCUGCCGGAACCAUUCGCAAAGAUUGGGUAUUUGUUUGUGCUGAUGCUGCAGAAUAAUCAGUUCACGGGUACAAUAUCUCAAACAUUCUUGAAUUUGAAGAAUCUCAGAGAGUUAAAUCUCUCAAAUAAUCUUCUUUCAGGGCAAAUUCCAUUCAGGAAGCCGCUGAUUGAUUUUCCUCCGAGCUCGUAUUCGGGGAACAGGGGAUUAUGCGGCGUACCUCUUGGCCCUUGUAGUAUUAGUCCUUCGCCAGCUUAUUAUCCCGAGCCUGAAACUAUGGGAUUUUCCUUUUGA